AUGGAGCACCCAUCCUGGCAACAGCCCCCAAACACCCCAGCUGACAAUCACACCUUCUCACCAACAUCGCCAUCAUCGCCACCACCAUUACCGACUUCCUCAUUCCAGAACCAAAACUCGACCAGCCUCAGCGCCCGCCUCGCAGCAAAGAACCCAGCCUUCCUCCAAAAGCUGCAGCAAAUGUCCCUGCAGCUGGCGCCCCUCGUGCAGCUGACGACGGGGCAAGUGCACCCGUCCUUUCCGCGCACGCUGCUGGCCUUCUGGCUGUUGACCGAGCCCGAGCUGGACUCGCUCGCCCAUUUUUAUCAUCAACGCACCCCCUGCGCCUGGACGGCGCAGUACCCUUGCCCCGUCUUGUGGGGCCCCGGGUUGAGCAUCGAGGACAAGAGGAGGAAGUUGGGGCGGUUUAUCGGGCUGAGGGGUUGUGAGACGCCUGUGCCGGUGUCUGCGCCUGAGAUGAUGGAGACGGAUGAUGGGUUGGUGGACAUGAUGGGCAGGAGUGAGGAGGAGAUUGUUGCACGGGCGAGGAGGGAGAGGGUUGGGGGUGGGGAUGAGGUUGAGGAGGUUGGGCGGAAGAUGGGCUGGUAUUGA